UGCGCGAAUCAAAUGGGGUUAAGGACCGCCUGCCUGCGUCCGCUUUAUCGGCUCACGUUCUCUUCCCUUCCCCACAGCCUCCGUUUCCUCUCUUUCUCCCUCUCCCUCCUCUCUCUCUUCCUUCUCCCGGGCUCCGCUCCCCUCUCCUCCUCCACCACCGGCCGCCGCCGCAGAUCAGCACCGGCCCACCGGUCUGCCUGCCGCCCGCCCCCAGGCCCCGGACGCCGCGCGGUCCCCAUCUCCCACCGCCGCCGCCUCCACACCGGCGGCCGCCCCACGACGACCUAAUUCCUUCUCCACGGCUACAGCCGCAGCCGCCGGGUCUCUCUCCGCGUCUCCAGGGCCCCAACUCAUCCACCCCUCGCACCUGCCCAGCGCCGCCUCCACCGGGGACCCGUCAUCACAGGUGACCACCACUGGAUAGCAGGCGGCCAGCGCGGAGUUACGCUCCGCCGCGCGGAUGCGCCUCGCCGGAGCCGGGGACCCGUGACUUGGCCAGGAGGACGACGACGACCUCGUGGAUGCCGCCGCCGCCGCCGGAUCGGCGGGACUUCCUCUACCGGGACGCGCGCAGGCACGACGGCGGGGACCCGCUCCCGCCGCCGGCGCCCGCGCCGCAGCGCUGGCGGGACUCGCCAUACCACGCGCCGCCGCCGCCCCCGCCGCUCCGCGACCACGCCAGGCCGUCCCCCCGCAGGACCGCAUCCUCAGACGCCUACUACCGCCAGGGCGCCGGCGCCUACGACCGCUCCUACCCCGACGACCCGCUGGGCGGCUACGCCACGUCCCGCUCCGACCGCUACUGGCCGGACGAGGACGGCGGCGGGGCCGCAUACAAGGGCUUCGGCCGCUACGGCGGCGGCGGCGGCGGCCGGAGGGACUCCGGCCGGGACCCCGGCCGGGACAUGCGGGGAUCCUACCGGCGGUCCCCGUUCAGGAGCUACGGCGGCGACUUCCCCAGGAGCCACCAGGAGCCGCCGCCGCCCCCGCCGAUGAGGAGGUCGCCUCUGCGGUCCGUCGCCGUGCCCAUCUCCUACGACCCUCCCGGCGCCCGGGAGGACAGGGAGCACCAUCCCCGGGCCACCCCCUGGCGGCCCCUGCGCCGCAGGGAGAGCAGAUCUGACGGGGCGGACGCGGCUGCUGCUGCUGCUCACACCGCUGCGGCGAGGGCGGCGGCUUCGUCGUCGGAGAAGAACGGCGGCCCGGAGCAGUCUGCUGAGGCCGCGGCGCAGCAGAUGGCUGAGGACGAGGCGCCCAGGAAGAAGCCCCGCCUCGGGUGGGGGCAGGGCUUGGCCAAGUAUGAGAAGCGCAAGGUGCCUGGUUCCGCAGAUCUUGAUGAACCUGUUGCUCAUGGGAGCCCAGAUGACGGCAAACACAAGGAAGAUUUUGGCCCACCUGCAUCUGCACCGUGUGCUGCAUCUCUGGUGGUGGCGGCAUCGGAACCAUCGUCAUCGGCACCUGCUUCUGCUCCGUGUGCUGCACCUCUGGUGGUGGCACCGGAACAAUCAUCCGCACCUGCACCGUCUGCUGCAUCUCCGGUGGCGGCACCGGCACCAACAUCACCACCUGCUUCUGCACCGUGUGCAUCUUCGGUGGCGGCACCGGCACUAUCAUCACCACCUGCUUCUGCACCAUGUGCCUCUCUGGUGGCGGCACCAGAACCAUCGUCGGCACCUGCACCGUGUGCUGCAUCUCCGGUGGCGGCACCGGCACCAUCAUCUGCACCUGCAUCUAGUUCCCCAGCCCGUGAAGAUAAAUCAUGUGAACUGACAGCAAAUAUGGCCGCAAUGUCCAGUAAAGAUACCCCUGGGGCUGAAGCCCAGGCUUACAAUGACGAAAUCCCUGUCAAGUUAUGUCAGCUUGAUGGUGAUCCAAUUGGUUCUCUUGCAAAUGUCCUUGCUGAACUACUGCAGCAUGAAGAUUCUUGUUCUGGGGAUUCUAGAAGACUGACCAACUCUAGUAAGUUAUUGCUACUGAAAGAAAACAUUGCCAAGGAGCUCGAAAAGACUGAACUUGAGAUUGAUUCAUUGGAAUGCGAUCUCAAAUUAGUGACUACUGAAUCUGAAAAUAGGGCUCUUGAAAAUGCACAAAAUCCUUCACCUUCUAGUGGGACGCCAAAGGUUCCAGUCAAGCCUGAGACGUGUGAAACAUCAUCUCCUGUGAAAGAACAAGGGGAGCUCUCUCCUUGCAAGAUCCCCAUGGAAGUUGAGACUGCUCCUGUUCACAAUGUAAUAGCAGUCUCUCCAGAAGGGAGUGUUGCAUGUCCUGGAUUUGCUGUAGCCCAGCUCGCUUCAGCUGCUGAUGUUUCCCCGUUGAAACCUUCUGAAGGAACUGAAUCUCCUCGCAUUGAUGCUGACAGGCAGAGGCAGGAUCCUAGUCCAUGCCAUGAUGGUGUUAAUUCCCUCAAAGCAGACGGUGGCAAAGACUUAUCAGUCAGGCCUUGCUCUCAUCAUUUUGACAGCAAUAAUUUAAUCCCUUCAAUUAUUGCUGCGAACAAUGAAAUAGCCAGAGAAUUCAACGAAUUGGUAUUCAAACCUUUGCCUGCUGAUCAGCCUUGUCUUGAUUUGUCGGCAUUGGCUCAUUUUUCAAGCCAAAGGAAGAAUGACCUGAGUGUAAGGAAGAAGCUUGCCAUACGCAAAACUGAACUAAGAUUCAAAGAGCAAACACUCACCUUUAAAUUCAAGGUGUUGAGGCACCUGUGGAAAGAGGAUGUGCGUCUCCUUACUGUAAGAAAGCAGCGUCCAAAGUCUAGCAAGCGCACUGAUCAGAGCAACCGUGCAUCACACAGUGGAUCUCAGAGGCAGCGCUCCUCUAAUCGCUCUCGAUUGGGCAUGCCUGCUGUUAAUUUAAGCACGUUUCCUACCACGGAAAUAUCAGAUGUCGCAAACAAGAUGUUUACUGAAUUUCAGUUCAAGCGCUGCAGAAAUUUCUUGAAAAUGCCAGCACUAAUUAUAGAUGAGAAAGAGAAGAGGAGUACUAAGUUUGUCAGCAAGAAUGGCUUGAUUGAAGAUCCUGUUUUAGUUGAGAAGGAGCGGGCUGUGAUUAAUCCAUGGACUCAUGAAGAGAAGGAAGUUUUCAUGCAGAUGCUUGCUUCAUUUGGCAAGGAUUUCUCCAAAAUCUCAAGUUUCCUUCAGCACAAGACAACUGCUGAUUGUGUUGAGUUCUACUACAAGCACCAUAAAUCUGACAGUUUCCGAGAAGUUAAGAAACUUCUGGAUCGUCGGCAGCAACAGCCCACCAGCAAUUACCUGGGAACGAAAUCUGGGAAGAAAUGGAAUCCUGAGGGAAAUGCUGCAUCUCUUGAUAUGCUCGGGGUGGCAUCAGUCGUGGCAGCCCAUGGUCUUGAUUAUGCAAACAGAGUGGAGAGAUUACCUUCGAAAUCUAUACUUCGAACUUCUUGUAAGCCUGAUGUUUCGGUUGUGGCCAAAGGUUCUUUGGAAAAGGAUUUUGUUGCUAAUGCAUCUUUGCACGAGAGAGAAUCUGUAGCUGCUGAUGUCUUGGCAGGUAUAUGCGGUACUCUCUCCCCUGAAGGAAUGGGCUCAUGCAUAACCAGUUCUGCUGAUCCUGGCCAAAAGAUUGGCGUCACAAGAAUGGAUUAUCUUUUAGUGCCAGGAGUAGUCAAAAGCUUUGAUGAGGAAGGCACUCUCUCAGAUCAGGAAUGUGAAGUUGACCCUGUUGAUUGGAAUGAUGAUGAAAAGUCAACUUUCAUUGAGGCUAUGAAUAACUAUGGGAAGGAUUUCGCCCAGAUCUCCUCAUAUGUGAAAAGCAAGUCGUAUGAGCAAUGCAAAGUAUUUUUCAGCAAAGCUCGCAUAUCACUUGGUUUGGAUAUGAUCCAUCAACGGACCACAGAUGCUGGUUUGCUGACAAGUGAUACCAAUGGAGGGAGGAGUGAUACUGACGAGGCAUGUGCUGCUGAGAUGGAUUCAGCUUUUUGUAGUAGACAGUCCUCUCUGAAAACGGAGAUGGAUGUAUGCCCUGCUGCUGAUCGAACUAUUCAGGGGCAUACUCUUUCUGAUAUUACCUUUAAGCAGCCAAAAACUGACACAUCAGAUGGGCCUGAUGGUGUUGACAUAAAAUUAGAGGAAGGUGAGAUCAAAGCAGACGAUAAAAAUUGUAACACUGGUGUUGAUCAUAGACAGUUGAGUGAGGCCACUCAUCAGUCAUCACCAUCAUCUGCUCAUAUCGACAUCAAUUCUUCUCAGAACACAGAGAGUAUUGAGAUCACAGAGCACAGUAGCCAAGUGAGUGUGCAUGAGAAUGAUGCCAUCACCUCUCCAAGGGAACAGCCUGUGGGGGCACACCUGGAAAUCAGGUCCAGUCAACAUAAUAUUGAAGUUAUCCCGCUGAGCAAGGUGUCUGAGAGGAUUUGCACUCAGGUAUCCAGUAUGGAGGGGCCUUCGCACCAUGCAUCUGAUAGUGCGCUCAUGAAGGCUGGAAAUUUGACUCCCUCUGUUUGCUUACCUGGAGUUACGCAGUCAGGCAAGGCGUCUGAAGUGAUCUGCACUGAGGUAUCCAGCAUAGAAGGACCUCCACACCAUGCACCUGAGAGAAAUUCAACGCCCUCUGUGUGCUUAUCCGCAGAUCGUGGCAGAAAGGAAAAUGUUGUCCACUUCUCGGACAUGGCUGGUGUUUCCUGUAAUAGGCCUUCAUUUACUUCAAGUUAUCAGCAAAUUGUGCCAACAGACCCUCUCCCACCAAAGCCAAAACCACAGGUUACUCCUCUUACCCCAAAGGAUUUAAUGCCUGUUCAGUUUUGUUCCGACCUCCCUGAUCCUACAUCAAUUCGUUUUGAGGGCAUAGCCUCCAUAACUUCACCCAGUUUUGGGCAUCAUGCCAACGGAGUCAUCAGUACUUCAGGGCCCAAGGACAUGAGCAAGUUCCCAGUAUUUAAUGAACAAUCACGUAAUCAGCAUGAUGCUCUUUUUCGCAAUAUUGAUGGAUACAUGCAACACCGACGGGAUCAUUGUCUGGCAGCUGAUGUACCUUCUUUUUCUGAAAGUACAGCAAGUGGUACUGGGGGAGUUUCUCAUUCGGAUCAGUUCACAUUAAACAAAUACCAGAAUGGCAGGUCUGGCUGCUCAGGACUCUCGAACACGUCCACCGGUUUUCUGUUGACCGGGCACAGUGAAGAAUUACGGCAAGGCCAGUUGAAGCCUUGUUCCCAAAAUGCAAGCACCGAGAGUCAUGAUCAGGUAAAGCGCCCUGGUGAUGUCAAGUUAUUUGGUAAAAUUCUCAGUCAUCAAUCAUCACUGCAAAGUUCUGGCUCGUCAUCGAACGGAAGCAAAAGCAAGCCUCCCUCACCAAAGAUAGACAAACAAGCAGCUGCUAUAUUUUUGAACAGUUCAAGGGAUCGCAUGGUUUAUUCAUCUAGGUCCACAAACGCUCACCUGGGGCAGGACGAGCGAGUGGUGAGGAGCUAUAACUUUGAUGGGAGCACAGAGUCUGAGUCUGUGUUCAGGGUGGCAAAGUCUCAGAGAUCAUUAGCCAGUGUGCCAUUUUACUCGGCUAAAAAUGGCACACUUGGUGUGUUUGCAGAAUAUCAGCAGCCUUUAAUGCAGCAGCUUCCGUCAGAUCCAAAACGGCUGGAAAGCUUUGCUGAUCUUCAGAAGAGGAAUGGGAUAGAGCUGAUUUCAGGGUUCCAGCAACCCGGGAAAGCCACGCGGCUUGGGGGUGCUGGAAUCCUCGUUAGCGCAGUAUCUGACCCGGUGGCUGUCCUCAAGGCGCAGUAUGGUGCUGGCUCGAAGAUUUUGGGCAAUGAAGCGGACCCCUGGAAAGACAUAGGAAACAGCUUUUGCCUGCAGGGAAAUUUCAUGUGCAUCACCAGCUGCUGUCUGAAGAGAACACUGUCACGAAAGUUUGCAGGACUAACAUUUUUCUCUCUGUAAUUUAAUGUUUGAGAUGAAGAAAGAGGUGCUGGCUGGCAUUGUUCACUUCCAGUUUCUUGCCUGAUAUCCUCGCACAGUUCUGGUUGUUGUGCUGCUACGAGUAUGGAUUGUGUGAGCGCUGGUUGCUGGACAUGAAUCAAGUUCGUUGAUGCCAGUGUCUGUUUUGGUUAUUGAUCCAUGGCUCUACGGGAUCCUGCUUUCUUUAGUUCCCUUUCUGAACCGUCAUUUUGUUUAGCAGUCCUGCUUUAUGUUUUCAUUUGGGACGAUGUACGCUGCAACGUGCCAACGCAGUUGAGCUUCUGUGUACUGUCAGAUGAAGAGGUCUGUACCAGAGCAACGUAGUGAAGGUGAAGUGAUGAGCAGCUGAAUUGAGCAGACUGAAGUUGAAGUCAGCAUCAACAAGGUAGCUAAGUUUAGGCCCAGCUUGGGAGCUGCUAAAUCUGCGUUACUCAUUGCAAUCGAUCAUUUACAAUCCAGGUGGCCAAAUACUUCGAUCUUGAUGGCAAAUACUGAUAUCCUGUGCCAUGAGGAUGAUUAGGGCACGGCUAUGAUGCUGCGCUGCUACUCUAUCCUGUAUCCUCGACGGUGCCGGGUCAGGACAAGAUGAGCCACCACCGGCCGACGGAUUACUUUUCCCAUCCGGCAUCUGCGUUAGAGCAGGUUUGCAAUCGCUCCUUGCGCCUUCGAGGUGCGCUACGUAGAGCAGCAUCAGGAAUCAUAUCAGUUAAAGAGAGCACAUUUGGCAGAUAAAAUUGUACCAGCUCACAC